GAGGGAGUGGAGAGCCUGAGAAAGGCCAGGAUGACAGGCUGGUGUGACAUUGAGCCUGGAGUGGUCAAAGCGAUCCAAUAUGGGGCCCCCAGUGCCAAGGAGAGUUGACCCCUUGAAUAUCAGUGUGAAUGUGAAAGAAGCAUGAAGUCUGCUCAUGUAGAAGCAAGGGCUGGUUCCGAAGAGCAAAGGUGGAUGCUAGAGUCCUAACCCUUGACUGGGACAGAAGAAUCCAUCUGCAGGAGACUCAUAAGUUCAUACCGUAUGUGCCCCUGGGAGGGUGAAGCUGAGCAGGGACGAAAGAUCCAGUCUGAUGCCACUUGGAGAGUAGGGGGGGGUCUGUGAGUUAGCAGGAAGGUUCUGGGCCAUCAUGAACUUCGGCUCCCAGAAGAGGUGCUGUGUACAGACUGGACCCAGACUGGCAUUAUGUGUGUGCCCUCUGUUAAUAACUCAGAGCCUACUCUGGAUUCCAUGGUUAGAACAAAAGUGAAAGUGAAAUAGAGGGGAGUGGAGAGUGUUUUCCCAGAAGGAUUUCACUAAUCCUGUCCUUCCCGGAACCAGCUCCAGUGAAGAGAGCUUUGCCUCUCUUUGUGACGGGGUAAGUCCUUGGCCCCUCUUUGGGUCUGUUUCUCCAUCCUUAUAAUGAAGGGGUUAGAGUGGACACAUAACCACAUAAUGUUAAUGGUAAUAAGAGCUAGAGUGGGGAAAGACGGUUACUAGAUGAUCUUCAGCUUUGUUGCUACAUUCUGAAAGAGCUCCAGCCUGUGCUGGAUGGGAUGCCUGGAGUAAAUAAAUAGCAUUGCCUGGCAACCCAGUCAGUUCAGACCAAGGGACAGCUGUGGAGUCUACAGGAAGGACAGGCCCAUACAAAUGGCUGGGAUCCAGACAAGCCACUGAGAAGAUGUGAGAGAAGUAGUUUACUCCCAUUCUCCUCCCCCACCAGCCCCAGAGAGGAGGAAGUUGUCACAGUUAAAUAGAGCCAGGCACGCCAGCUCCUUACACAUCCGUCAAGACCAUGAGACAGAACCGGACACCAGAUCCCAGGCCUUUGCCUGUCCUGCUCCUAUGUGCCCACAUAGUCUCUCACCUGGCUGGAGCCACACCUCUACCUCAGGCCACCACCGCUUUCACUGGCUCAUCUGGGAUCACAAAGGACCCCUGCCCCUCCAGGCUCCCAACAGCUAAGCAGUGCCCAGCAAUGGAGGUGACCUGGCCGGAACUGGAAGUCCCACUGAAUGGAACGCUGACCUUGUCCUGUACCGCCUGUAGCCGCUUCCCCCACUUUAGCAUCCUGUACUGGCUGGGCAAUGGUUCCUUCAUCGAACACCUCCCAGGUCGGCUGAGGGAGGGCAGCAUCAGUCGGGAGCGCCGGGGCCCACGCACCCAGCUGCAGACGACCCUCAUGCUAGAGGAGCUGAGCCCCACCCUGCGCAAUACCAACUUCUCCUGUGUUUUUGCCGAUCCUGAGCAGACUGCCCAGCGUCACAUCGUCGUGGCCCAGCUCUGGGCUGGGCCGAGGACAGUUGUGCCCUGCACUCAAGAAACCUCACCCUCCAGCGGGGCCCCUCUGCCUCACCAUCAAGACAGGUGAACUCCAGAACCUGGAUGAAUGUCGUUACCUGAGCUGCCCUUGCAGCUCAGGCCUUCUGCAUCGACUUAAUAUUCUUUUUUUCCCUUUAAUGGACUGUCCCAGGGAAGGGUGGGGGUAGAUGCUGUUUCUGAUCCACAGCUGCCUGGGUCCACAAUGGGUACUCAUAAAUGAUUUUUCAGUGGAGGCAUGAUGACAUCUGCUCUGUCAUUUAAGUCCUCAUUCCACUUACAGAACUUGGCCCGUCCCAGGAGGGAGUGUGGGAAGAGGGGGACUAUCACUCAGAAGCUAAAGACAAAAUUAAAGUCCGGGAACACAGGCCCUCAAAAAAGUGUGCGAAGAUCCUGUGGCCCCAGAAAGGCCAGGAGAAGGGAUUUGAGAGAAGGCAGGUAGUCUGGGACACUCGGCAGGGACAAAGAUAGAAAUACCCUAAUGAACCUAAACUUCCCUUUUCCCACACAAAUCAAGACAGCUCAGCACUUAAGGGAGAAAAAUAGACUUUAUUUACAAGUAAUAACAUUUAGAAAAAGAUCCAUCCCUGGCCCUUAAAAACCUUCCCAUCACUCCAAAAUCCCACCCCACUUUUAAGUCUGGGGAAGGGGGGAUGAGGUGCAGCUGAAGGCUGCUCCCCUCCCACUCCCCACUGCCACCCCCAGGCAUGGGGCCUAUCUGUUCUGGAAAAGAGCAUCUUCUGGGCAGCUGAGCCCUUGGGUGGAUGGGAGCAUCUCUAGGUGCACCCGCUAGGUCAAUGUCCAGUCCUGGACUUCAAAAGCAAGGGCCCUGCUAGGCCCAGCCACCACGAGCAGCAGGGACCAGGGCCUGCUCCUCCAAUGGUCCCUUCUGGAUUCAGAGGCUGAGGAGGACGAGGCCCUUGGGCCCAGCCACUCAAAGCCAGCCUCAAGUCUGGUUGUG